AUGUUCGAUUCUACAAGGUGUUUUAAAAUAGUACUACUGAUGAUGACAAUAUGGUGCGUGUCAGAAGGCGCAAGUUCAUCACUCAAUAACCGCUGUAAACUGAAGCGAUAUACACAUAAGGCUGUACAAACGGAUUUUAAUGGUCUUCGGUGUUGGGACGAUGUAAAGAUUCUCUCAUGCUGGGGAUUCUGUUUGUCUUAUGAGAUCGCGCAUUGGCAAUUUCCCUACAAGGAAUCUCAUCACCCUGUAUGUGUUCACGGUGAGAGGAAACAUGCCUCUGUAAAACUACGGCAUUGCGAUGCUGGUGUGGAACCCGGUACUGAAUUAUACCACUACGUUGAAGCAGUUAAUUGCAAAUGUCAGGUAUGUUCAUCAGAAGACACCAGCUGUGAAUGGCUUCCACCAGAUUCACCUUUUGGAGGUUUAAUAAGAGAAGAUGUGGAUGGAAUGGAAUAA